AUGCAUGAAUUAUUGCAUAAAGAAUGUGAAAUUAUAAAAUUACAAGAAUUGUUAGAAAGAGACUUUAAUGAAAAUGUUAAUGAAGAUAACCAUUAUGAAGAAGAGCUUAAGGAGGAGGAAAAAUUGAAUAAUCCGAAUAAUCUCAACAAAAAUAUCACCGAU